AUGCCGACUGUCUCAACUAGUCAAAUUCUCAGUUUCAAUGGUGCUUUGGGCCCUACAUCCGUAUCUACACUCGCCGUGUCCUCGCUGGUGAAUUCCAGAUUGAACCUCGUCGACUGUGGGCUCUGCAAUGACGACAUGAAGAACAUGAUCAUUGCUCACAAUGGCUCCGUCACCAACAUCUCCAGCAUACCAAAUGAUACCAAAACCAUUUACAAAACUAUCUGGGAGAUCUCGCAGAGGAAGUCAUCGACCUUACUGCCGACCGUGGAGCAUUCAUCGCCUACCGUAUGCCAGUUGACGAGUAUGGCUAGAAGUGAGAUCGGCAUGUACUAUUUGGGCACUUGUCCUGCGGCGCAAGCCGUUCAGUUCACUAUUGACCAGAACCUGCUCAAACAUUCCUACUCCUCCCCUCUUCACCGAGUCUCUCUGCCAUCUAAUUUCAAUGACAACGGUGUUACUCCAAGUUCGUCGGGCCCCAGUGGAGCUAACAAGGUUGACCCUGAGUACGCCGCUGCCCUUGGGUUUCAAAGGGAGAGCAAGCUCGAAGAGGCCAAAAUGAUGUGCUCGCUAGAGAACAAGGAGGCCUGCCUCACGUGCUCUGGUCAACGGAGGUGCGAUCGUCAGGAUAUGUAG